UCAACCUCAGUGAGCAUCCACAGUUGGUGUCUAUUUUAUUUUCGCUGACCGACACUCCUUCUCCAGUGAUGGAGUAUGGAAAAGAGAGAGUGGUGGCGUUGGUGGACAUGGACUGUUUUUACGUCCAGGUGGAGCAGAGGCUGAAUCCAGCUCUGAGGAACACUCCCUGUGUGGUGGCCCAGUACAAGACGUGGAAAGGAGGCAGUAUCAUAGCUGUGAGCUAUGAGGCCAGGGCCCAUGGUGUCACCAGGAACAUGUGGGUGGACGAUGCAAAGAAACUGUGCCCAGACCUCCAGGUGGCACGAGUGCGUGAGUCUCAUGGCAAGGCAGACCUAACACAUUACAGGGAGGCAAGUGUGGAGGUGAUUGAGGUGAUGUCUCGCUUUGCUGUGAUUGAAAGAGCCAGCAUUGAUGAAGCCUACAUGGACCUGACUGCUGCGGUCCAGCAGCGGCUGAAAACCAUGACAGACAAACAAAUAGAGCCUCACCUGCUGAAGACAACCUACAUCCAGGGGUACCCACAAAGUUCACAGGAAGAGGACACAUCUGCAGAGGAUGCUGUCUUGGAUAAAGAGGAGCUGAGGUCCAGAGGUCUCCAGGAGUGGCUGGCAUCCUUACCUGUCCCUCCAUCAGGGGAGCAUAGCUCUGCAGAUCUGCAGCUGACUGUGGGGGCACUCAUUGUUGAGGAAAUGAGAGCAGCCGUGGAGAAACACACAGGCUUCCGCUGUUCAGCAGGGAUAUCACACAAUAAGGUACUGGCCAAGCUAGCUUGUGGACUGAACAAACCUAACCGGCAAACUGUUCUGCCUCUGGACUCUGUAACAGAACUUUUCAACUCUCUACCCAUCAGCAAGAUCCGUAACCUGGGGGGUAAGCUGGGUGCCUCCAUCACCGAAACUCUGGGAAUUGAGAACAUGGGAGAUCUGACUCGCUUCUCUCAGGCCCAACUGGGACAGCACUUUGGAGAAAAAACAGGCCAAUGGUUGUAUGACUUGUGUCGGGGGAUUGAGUUUGAAGCAGUAAAACCCAGACAGCUACCUAAGUCCAUCGGCUGCAGUAAAAACUUCCCUGGGAAGACAUCACUGGCUACAAAAGAGCAGGUACAGUACUGGCUUCAUCAACUUGCUCUUGAGUUGGAGGAGAGGCUGACCAAGGACAGAGAAGUGAAUGGUCGAGUGGCUAAAUUGUUGACAGUUGGUGUACGUCAGCUUGGGGAUAAGAGGCCGAGCAGCUUUUCUCGCUGUUGUGCUUUAGUGCGCUAUGAAGCGACCAAAAUAUCCAGUGACAGCUUUGCCAUCAUCAAGAGUCUCAGCACAGCAGGAAGCCACCAGGCUACAUGGACUCCACCCCUCACCCUGCUACACCUCUCAGCCAGCAAAUUCAGUGAUGCUCCAUCAGCAGGGGGGAUAGCUGGUUUCCUUUCCAGUGAUGUCACUUCAACCCAGAGCCUUUUCUCCACCACUCAGUCCACCACACAGCCACUCUCUGAACUGAAAAAUAACUCAACAUGCAAACAACCUGGCACUAUUCAGUCCUUCUUUCAAAAGGCAUCUGAGAAACAAAGACAGAAAGUAACAAAAGAAGAUGAGGAGGAGGAUGAAGAUAGAAGAUCCACAGGAAUUCUCCCAUGUUCCGCCAUAACUCUCAAACCCUCUGCAACUGGUAGUCAAGAAGAGUCAGGUAUCAAUAGCCCUCUUUCUUCCUUACCACCUUCCCCUCAUUGUAAGAAUGGUUCAUCCAGCCCCCAUCCUGACAUUUCCUCUUUCUUCCACAAGAAGAGUCUUGAGAGAAGCUCACACGCCUCAGCAUCAACGACAUCAACUGCGACAGUCAAUGAAAAAGAAGACUCGGAAGACACUGUUGCUCUUAGGUCAGGCCUGCAGGAUAAACAUAGCUCAGAGUUUACAUGUCACCAGUCACCAUGUGAAGAGUUAAAGGAUGAACUGGACAUUAAUGCAGAGGAAAAUCGCCAUCUUCCCAGUGUGUCCAGAGAAGACCUCUUAAAGUGUGAACGCUGUGGCCAGGAGGUGUUGGUUUGGGAAAUGCCUGAACACAAUGAUUAUCACUUUGCCCUGGACCUCCAGAAUUCACUCUCUUCAUCUACGAGUUCAGCAGCUCUCUCUACCUCCUCCCCCACUGCCUCCUCUUCUUCCUCUGCAUCUCCUCUCAGAGUGGGAGUAGCAGGCACAGCCCAGUCCUCCAGGGGCAAGACAAAAACCAGAGGCCAGUCAGGACCCCAGCCGAAAAGACACUGCUCUCAAGGUGGCAGUACGGGCACUCUGGAUUCUUUUUUCAAGAGGAAAUGAAAAUGUGACUAAUAGCAUUUUUAAAUUAAAUAAAAUACAAAUUUCAGGUAGUGUGUGUG